CUGGCCAAGGCCAGGCCAAGGCUAGGCCAUGGCUUGUAGUGUAAACACGACUUAGAUUGCUCAGUUGCAGCACACAAAAUAUUUCGUUGACAGUUUAUAGCGCUGAAGAAAGAUUCGUAACCAGGAUGAAUCGGUCAAUAUUUGUGGUGUUUCUUUUGGUACUUGUUGUAGCUGACUUGAGGUAGGUUGUGAUUUUGCAAUUGCCAAUUGAAUUGUUUACUUGUCAAAUUUCCUUUCGAUCGGCAAUAUUUGAGUCGGGUCAAUUUUCAUUAUUCCGCAAAUAAUCUCUUCUCAGAGCUACAAAGCCUGCUCUUGUGUGUUCUCGAGCAAUCGUAAAAGCGCAGAUUCCACAGACGAAACACCAAUAUAUAGAGAGAAUUUAAUUUUUUCAUAUUAAUAAAGAUUGGGUGGGGUUUUAGUUGUUGAAUGCCGCAUGUAUCUUGUCUCGUACAAGCUGGGAGAAAAGAACUCGUAUUUUUUUAUAGUUCUGCGUGGAGACGAAGACGCAUGGGUUGGCCGGACAACAAAGAUGCAAAAAUCCCGAAGGAGAUGAAGCUUCAAAGAGAACCAGAGUCAGUACAGAGUGCAAAGUAAGUUGAACUGUCAUUCCUGACAAGAGGCAGCCUUAAAUUUUACACUCUUAUUUCAAAGAACUACGAUGAAAGAAGACGGCUGUUAAAUGUACCAUGGUUCAAGAAUACUGUGUAAGACAAUUUACGAUACCUUAUGUAAAACGGACAGGCUCAAGUGUUCCUUCAUAUUAUGGCCGCAGCAUAGAUCUUAAGACUUUUUCAAAAUGUUAAUAGCCAUCCGCACGUUGUAACCAAUAAUCUAUUGCAGUUGUAAAGCCAUUGUGUCAAAACCGUGAUAAGAGCUUUAUUAGAGGGUCCUGAAGGGGGGAGGGGUCCCAAUCCCAUUUUCCAGCUGAAAUGUUGGAAAAAUCCCAGUCCCAGUUGGAUUUUUAUUAGAAAUCCCAGUCCGAGUUAUUGAAACUCCAGUCAAUAAAAAGUUAUUUAUCGGUAGAAUAAACAGUUUUAAGACAUUUUAAGUCAUCAUGUGUGCGUACUGUGUGGCAGAAGCAGUUGUGCUUUGCCUUUGAGGUAUAUACUAAGGGUUAAAUGAAGUAUAUACCGGAAACCAGGCAUAUAUUCCGCUGUGUAUCUGACUUGGGGACACGCAUAAUCAGAAAACCCAGAAUUCCGGGCGCCAGAGUAUGCCUGUUCGCAGGUAGUGCUGCGAAUAAUAUAGUUACAAUGAAAAAUCAUGACCAAAGACACCAAAAACGGAUCAAAAUUGUAUUUUAAAUACUUAAAACGUGGAAAAAUUGGGAAUCGACUCGCAUUGCCUCAAUUCCAUUCCCAUUUUUGAGGAUUUCGUUUCCCAUUCCCAGUGGCCAAAUCCCAGUCCCAGCAACCCAAAUCCCAUUUUCCCAGACUAAAAAUAGAUAAAUCCCAGUUCCCAUUUUACCCCUUCAGGACCCUCUUAUUAAACAAUUAAAUUAUGGCUGCAGCAUAGUUCUUAAGACCUUUUAAAAAUUCAAUAUUAAUAGUUGUAAAUCAUGUUAAUAUUUUAAUAUUUUGAUUCUAUAAAUUUAUAUGCUUUUAUCAAACAAAUCAUAUGAACAUAAUCAGCUUCAUAUGAACAGCUCCUCCGGCAGAAGGCUCCCAUUAAUGGCUAACGUAUUCGUAUAUAUUCAUAUAUAUUUCAGCUCAGAGAACUCUGCACCUGCAAUGUACAGCAAGAUGAAUGAAGACAGGUUGGACAACGACCUACACCAUCAAGAUAGCUUUGUUGAAGAUGACAAUGAACUUUAAAAACAUUGCUAUUGCACUCGAUACAUAUCAUUCACUGAUAUAUAUUUCGAUAUUACAACACUACAUUACAAUUAUAUGUAAAAUGUAUCAGCUUGGGUC